AUGCCUGAAGUUCCAUCUGCAGAGAGCUCGAGCGAGCAGCAGCCAGAAAACACGUCGAGGAAAAGAACGUUAGAGAACACAGACGAUUACACCGCAAAAAAGAUACAACGCUGCUGGGGUAUUUUAACUAGCCAAGGGUCAUGGGCGGACCGGUCCCCUCUCCACGAGGCAGCGUGUCAGGGCCGUCUCCUGGCCCUCAGGACCCUACUCUCACAGGGUUACAACGCAAACAUCCCUACCAUAGACCAUGUGACGCCGUUGCAUGAGGCUUGCCUGUCAGACCACGCGUCAUGCGCCAAGGCGCUUAUUGCAGCUGGUGCCAAUGUAAAUGCCACCACCAUUGAUGGGGUGACGCCGCUGUUCAAUGCCUGCUCAGCGGGCAGUGCCACAUGUACAGAGGUAUUGCUGGAAAACGGAGCCAAGCCCCAGUCAGAGAUAUGCCAGCCCUCGCCCAUACACGAAGCCUCCAGCAAAGGCAGAAUUGCUUGUCUGGAGGCUCUGAUCACAUGGGGAGCAGACGUGGACUAUGAUAUUCCUCACCUAGGAACCCCCCUGUACAUCGCCUGCAUCUCCUCAGGACUCCAGUGCACACAGAAACUCCUCGAUGGAGGGGCCAAUGUGCAGAAGGGCAGGUUCCUGGAGAGCCCGCUCCAUGCAGCAGCUCAGAAGGACUGUACUGAGAUCAUCAAUGUGUUGUUAGAGUUUGGAGCGAACAUUAACGCUAAAAACCUAGAGCUGAAGAGACCGGUGGAGUCAGCCCCACCUAACAGCGCAGCAGAGGAGACGUUACUGCUGCAUGAAGCAACACCCCAGUCACUAUGUCAGCUGUGUCGUCUCAGUAUCAGAGAUUAUAUGGGCCGAUCUCGACUACACCUCAUCCCUCAGCUACACCUCCCCAACCUUCUCAAACGCUUCCUCCAGUACAGAUAGAACACAACGCGCUCUCUCUCUCUCUUUCUGUCUCUGUCCGUCUCUCUGUCUGUUGCUCUUUCCCUUCCCU